UCCCAUGGCAACAACAGACGCGACCUGUAGUUAGCUUUAGCAGACAACCUGUAGCUAGCUUUUUAAACUAGCAAACACCAGAUUAUACCAAUUACUUCAACUUUGAGAUUUACUCAGUAAGUUAAUAUUGAAUGUGAGACGCUGAGCUCUUAAAUCAGUUUUACGCUCCAGCUAACAUUAGCCAAGUUUAGCUAUUUGGUUGGUCUUGUAAGCCGUCUUGAGUAACAGUCCUACGGUAUCUUUGCGAAAUAAACAAGAUCUACCAGGAUGUCUGACCUGGAAGAGGAUGUAGUCUUAUCAGAUGUAGAGGGAGACGAGGAAGUUCGCCAAGAAGGAGUCGGGGACGACGAGAAGGUAUGUUACCUUGUGCAAGCCCGUCUGAUGAAACAUACAAUCAACUAUGACUCCCUCUGUAACCUGCUGUCGUUUAGUCACCUGGAGGUUGAACUCGAGUUUCAUGGAGAGAUCAGUAAACUUUUGUCUUUAUUGUAAAAUAUUGGACCCUUUAAAAUUUAGUUCUUAGUGUCUCUUCGUUUUCUUUCUCAGACAUUAGAAAAGUGAUAUCUUUGACUUGGUCAUGUCUUGAGUCCUUCACCCAACCUGUUUCUCACCAAGGCCCCAAAAGGCUUCAGUAAAUAUUAGUUUGAGAGUAAGAUUUGCAUCUCCAGGAAGGCAAGGUAAUGCAAGACUUCUGUGUGGGGUCAUGUUUUACCGUGUUUCAACUGGUUAAGUAAUUGUUCAAAGCCUAAAGGCUGCAUUCCUUUACAGUAUUUUACACCUAAAAGUUGACUUCAAAGCCCAAAAUGGAUAUAGAAGUAUAUGGCAGGCAUCUGUGGAAAGUGUUUAAUUGUGAUACAACACUGUUGGAUUCAGUAGGUUAUUUCAUCUUAUACUGGUAAAAGCAGAUGAUUAGAAACAUUAUUGCUGGUGUCUUUCCCCUCACAGGUAAAGGUCUGCCCUUUGACCCCAGAAACCAUCAGUCAGGGUCUCUCCUUAUUGUGUCGUACGGGGAAUGGACUUGGACAUGCCUUCAUCAGACUGGAUCUAAAAGACAAGUUAGGAUGCAAAAAAUACAUAAAAAGCAUAAACUGUCCUUCAUUUUGAAUUGAGAAUUGUUCCUCUUAAACAUAAUGAUCUAUCUGAUAAUAUUUCAAUCCCCUAUUUGCCUUCACUGUACCCCUCAGUGGACUAAAUGACAUCACUGCGAUCAGCAAUUAUAUCCACAUACGUUUCCUGGAUAUAUCCAACAACCACCUCACAGAUCUUUCUCCCUUGGCCUCCCUGACCCAGCUACUCUGGCUAAAGGCAAGCAUCUCUUUUUCUUAAUUCAUUUAGUAAAGGGCAUCCUAACAUUGCUGUUGGUUUCAUACACUAUAAUGGUUAAUUAGGGUAAAUGCAACUUCCUCUCUUUAGGUUGACAAUAAUGCUGUGGCUUGCUUCAAAGAGCAGCCUUUUGCCAAGCUAUCCUAUCUACAGUGGCUGAGUAUGGUAGGGAACCAGCUGACAGAUGUGGAUGGUCUAAAUUGUCCUUCCUUGGAGAACCUUAAUCUAACAGGUUUGUCUGAUUUAUUUUCUCUGUUUUUAACAGGUUGCGCUGAUGUUGGGUUUCCAAGAGUAAAAUCAAAUCAGGAAUCGAUUUUAAGUUAUCUAUUAUUCAGUUGUUGGUCUCACAAACUCUCUCCAUAAGGAUAUUUAAUCAGAAAAUGUUUUAUCUCUGGCAGGUAAUGGUAUUCAGAAAAUGAAUGGACUUCAAGGUGUUUGUUUUGCCAACUUGGUAACUCUAGAACUAAGAGGAAACCAGCUGGAUACUACCGAUGGCCUCAAUCUUCCCAACCUGCAGCAUUUAUAUCUGGUAAUAAAAAUAGUAUAUGGGACUGACACACUUGAUACCUGAUAAGCUCUGUCCAGUCAUACCAGUUUUAAUACUUAUGUAAUAACCCUGAUGACACGCUGCGUGAAACUAUGUGUGCUUUCUACCAUUCAGGCUCAAAAUGUUAUAAAACGCCUGGAAGGUUUGCAGAGAUUAAAGCGCCUCACCACCCUUCACCUGCGAGAGAACCAGCUCGACACUCUGGAAGGCCUCAGCUCCAACCUGAAGUGUCUCCAGUACCUCAAUGUCAGGUGCACAAGUGUGUCACAGAGAUCAUUGCCAUAAGUUCCCAUUAUCAUUUUACUUGACAUGAAAUAUGCGAAGUGAUCUACUUCAUACUUCUGUCUCUUUCCCACAGAGGAAAUGUAAUCUUAGAUCAGAAGGCUCUGAAGCCUCUAAACCAUGUUUCAAAAAGUCUCAAAGCUUUGGUCCUCUCUGAGAAUCCUUUGGUGGAAACAGCAGACUAUCGCGUCAGUGUCCUGAUUCUCCUGCCACAGCUGGAACGACUUGACAAAGACCCCGUCUCCCGUGAGGAGAAGGCCGAGGCCUUAGAGAGAAUCAAGGUAAAGUUAAAAAGCAUCUUAUUUCUCAGUGGCUUGGACACACAAAAACCUGCUCCUUUGCUUGAUUGUUCAAAUGGCAUGCAUGUCAUUUCAGGAACUAAAAGAAGAGGAAAUACCCGGGCUGUGAGAUUUGCAAUGAUGACCAAAAGGAGGAAGUGUUUGAAAAGUCAAACUUGGUGUGAUUGUAUUGGAUAAAAAUGUAUUACUGUGUUAUGUUAUUAAAAGUGUGUCUCAGAAGUUGCCUUGUUAAUAUAUUUUUACGCCUAGGUUUCUGUUUUUCUUCAUACAUUUUUAAAGCAACUUCUCAUCAAUAAAGUGGUUUCACUAACAUUUACAAAUGCAGGUAUUCAGGUUGGAGUUAGGAAACAAUAAGUGACUGACAAAAGUAGUCAGUCGGGAUUAUCUGAACCCUUUGUUGUGGGUCUUACAAUCCUGGUUCAUGCUGACUAAGGAUGAGAGGGCAAAAUCUGCCGCCAUUUCCCUGUUGGCUGCUGUCCAACUACAGCUUUAAAGCGACAGUGACAUGCCCUGAGUUCAUGGAAAAGCGAUAAAUAUACAAUAAAACACUAAUAUCAUGUCAAA